UUACUCUUAAUUUAGAUUUACAGAGAGAGCACGAAAGAGGUUGCUAUAAGAUUCCAAUGCUUGUUCACCGAUCUCCCCAAUGAGAACGGCCUUGGCUUUUCUUUCAUCGCCAUUUCUCAAACUUUUCUAUCUCACUUCUUCUUCUUCUUUCUUCUUCUCGCAUAAACUACUCUCUCUCCCCAACCACAGAGUCUCCAUUAAUGCAAUGGCCAUUGACUGCAUCACAAGCAUACCGUCGAUGCCUGCUCACCCUCCAAAAGUAGAUCAGCGAACUGAGCAAAAAGACCUAGUUUUUGAUGCGUCUGUGCUAAGAUACCAACCCAAUAUCCCAAAGCAGUUCAUAUGGCCGGACGAGGAAAAGCCUUGCCCUAAUGCGCCGGAACUUUCGGUCCCCCUUGUCGACUUAGGCGGCUUCCUCUCUGGCGACCCGGCUGCUGCAACCGAAGCCUCGAGACUCGUUGGCGAGGCGUGCAGAAAGCACGGAUUCUUCCUUGUUGUCAAUCAUGGCGUGGAUGACAAUCUAAUAGCUGAUGCUCACGGCUGCAUGGACUACUUCUUCGGGUUGCCUCUGUCGACAAAGCAGAGGGCUCAGAGGAAAAUUGGGGAGCACUGUGGUUAUGCCAGUAGCUUCACUGGUAGGUUCUCCUCCAAGCUCCCUUGGAAAGAAACACUUUCCUUCCGCUAUUCUGCAGACCAUACAUCAUCCCAUGUUGUCCGAGAGUAUUUAUGUAAUACAAUGGGUCCAGAUUUCGAGCAAUUCGGGAGGGUUUACCAGGACUACUGCGAGGCAAUGAACACUCUUUCUCUGGGGAUCAUGGAACUCCUGGGAAUGAGCCUAGGCGUAAACAGAGCCCAUUUUAGGGGAUAUUUUGAGGAGAAUGAUUCGAUAAUGAGGCUCAACUACUAUCCACCAUGCCAGAAACCUGACCUUACUUUAGGCACCGGUCCUCAUUGCGAUCCAACAUCGUUAACCAUCCUUCACCAAGACCAGGUAGGUGGGCUUCAAGUGUUUGUAGACGAGUGGCGAUCUAUUAUCCCAAAUUUCAACGCUUUUGUUGUCAACAUCGGCGACACCUUCAUGGCACUUUCAAAUGGAAGAUACAAAAGUUGCUUGCAUCGGGCAGUGGUGAACAGCAAGAGUCCAAGGAAAUCUCUGGCUUUCUUUUUGUGUCCAAGAAAUGAUAAGGUGGUAAGCCCACCAAGUGAAUUGGUGGACAGUACUGUUUGCCCAAGGAUAUAUCCGGAUUUCACAUGGUCUAUGCUGCUUGAAUUCACUCAGAAGCAUUACAGGGCUGACAUGAAUACCCUCGAAGUCUUUUCCAACUGGCUUCAACAGAAAAACAGCUGAAAUUCCAAACAGACAUGGCCACCUUAAUGAUCAUUCUUCCGAACAAAAUGACAAUGAUAAGAAGGGGAGAAUGGAGGCGGAGAGAUAGUUGGAGAGUUUUUUUCCUUAAAAGAGAUGGGAGGAAGACAAGGCCAAAGUCGAAGGAAAAAGACAGUUUUUAUGUUUUGUGGUUUGGCACAGUAACUUUUAAGAUUAUGAUCAAAAUGAAGAGAGAGAGAUCUAGAGAUAUAUAAGGAAGUAAGGAACCAAUAAAGGGCUGUAUUCAACAGCUA